AUGUCCCUCAAUGCGUUCCUGGAGGACUCCACUCUGGGAUCCUGGGCGGACGAGAUGGAGGACCUCCCCACUGCCCCUUCGUUCAGGGCCGACGGCGACGAUCGCCGCGGUGGUGACCGCCGUCGCGACGACUUCCUCUCUAACAGACUCGAUCGCGGUCCUAUGCGCGAAGAUCUACCCCUUCCCACCGAACCCCCCUUUACUGCGUUCAUCGGCAACUUGACCUUCGACAUCACCGAGAGCGAGCUGGAGGAGUUCUUCGACGGAAAGACCAAGUCAGUCAAAAUUAUCAAGGAUCGGGAUGACAAGCCCAAAGGUUUUGGAUAUGUCGAGUUCAUCGACCUGGACGCACUUAAGGGGGCUAUCGCCAAAUCCGGCUCGAGCCUUGCCGGUCGGGCUAUUCGCGUCAGUGUCGCUGAGCCUCCGAAGGAGCGCUCUGGCUUCGGCGGAGGAUUCGGCGACGACCCCAAGUUCGACAACAACUGGCGCAGAGAAGGCCCUCUCCCCGAUCUCCCCUCUUCAGGUGAUGCCCCCCGUCGUCGUUUUGACGGCCCUGGCCGCGAGCCUCCGCCGCCCUCCAUGUCCGACAACGCCUCGGAUUGGCGGUCUUCUCGCGCGCCUGCGCGCUCGUCCACCCUUUCCUCCCAAGAUUCUCAAGAUGGCUCACUUCGUCGUCGCGGUCCCGGGGGGCCCCCGCGCGAGUCUGCGCCUCCUGGACCUGCAGACACUGAGGACAACUGGCACAUAGGCAGCAAGUUCCAACCCGCAGCGCCCGUUGGUGACAGACCGGCCGGUGGUAGCCGCUUCGGCGGCCCUCGUAGGGACAUGGGCCCUCCUCCACCGGUGGUGGCAGAGGAAAGUGACUGGAGGCGGCCCCACGCUAUCUCUCGGAACUCCACCUCCCCCAACAGCUCCACGCCGCCCACGCCGCAGAUGGGCCGGCGCAAACUCGAACUCCUCCCUCGCUCCUCCACUACCUCUGCCGCCCCUUCCCCCCUUGCCUCCCCGAACCCUGCAAACGCCGCCCCCCGGGCGAACCCCUUCGGUGCCGCAAGGCCCGUAGACGUGUCAGCACGCGAGGCCGAGGUACAGCAGCGGAUCGAGAAGGAGCGCGAGGAGGUCCGGGACAAGUUCCAACAGCAUGCGCCGAUGUCCCGCACCUCUUCGCGGCAGGGCUCACAGCGGCCAACGCCUCCGGUCUCGCACCCGGCGUCCGCGCUGCAGAGCCCGACGAGCCCCGCGCACGGCUCGCCAAAGCUCGCGCCGGCGGCCCCGGCAGCGCCCGUGUCCAACGUCCGACCGUCGUUCAGCUUCGCAAGCGCUGCGGCAGGCAAAAAGGACGGCUCAAGCGAGGACGUCGCCGCACUCGCGGAGAAAAUCGACGAGGUCGAGCUGGAGAGUGCGGAGAAGUGA